GCCUUCAGCAGCUAACGUUAGCUAGCUGGCUGUUUAGACAACAUAGCUAGCUACCACGGAUGUGUUAAGCAAUGCACUUUUAAAAGUUACCGCGACAACAAUGGCUUCUCUUUAAAGUGGUAUGGACAGUUUUCUUGGAUGGAAUCCAGUGUAAAUAAGGACGAGCUUUUCUGCAGCAUGUGCAGACAUUUCCCCAGCGGAGCUGACGGCCCAUCAGCCAGAGAGGAGGCCCUCACACAGAAAAUGGCCCACCCACUUUUGUACUGGCCCGCCCAAAAUACUAUUUCUGCCUACGCCCCUGCUUCAAGGACUGCAGUGAACUCCUCCUCCCCAGACUGAUAAAAAACAAGUUUCAGCAGGUCUGCCUAAACCAGCUGAGGGACCACUGCAUAAGCUCCGGCCUGGGGACUUUGGUGAUCAAAAGCUUCAGGAGGAAGAACUGGCAGUCCAGAUGGUGGGAAGGACCCUUCCAGAUCCUCCUGGUCACUCACACAGCAGUCAAGGUCGCGGAACGAUCCACGUGGGUGCACGCGACACACUGCAAACAGGUUCCGGACCCAGGAGAGGUGCCAGGUUCGCUAACACCUGCAACAAGUGACGAGCAGGUUCCCUGCUGAGUCACCUACGAGGGAAAUCAAUUCAGAGACCGGCCUGACAGACGGCGUUUCUGUGCUAUCUCUGAAAUCAAUCGGGGAAAAACUGGAGUUUUUCUCACUGAUUUGCAAACACACUGAAGGAAGAGAGAAAGUGUGACCAACAUACUGCUAUUGUACCUUUUUGAACACAGCACAUUCCUGAAAAAAAAAAAAACACUCAUUCUGUGGAGCUCUGAUAGCUCUGACACUCACAGCACAAUCCUUGUUGGAUUGCCUAGAUGGCGUUCAGAGUACAACAGGUAUCACAGAGCUAAUAUUACUAUCAUGGUCAACACUACAUCCACUCUUAUGCUUCAGCCCUGUGACUUUGUGUGGUGCGGGGAGCAUGGAGCAUCAAUAGGAGAGAGAGAGGUAUAUGUAUGUUACAUUGCAGAGGUGAUGGACAUUGGUUAUUACAGAGAAGGAGGACCCAUAUGUUCCUCAUGGAAACAAGCUGUUUGGUAUACAGGUAAUGCAGAUUGGGGCUAUGAGGUUCCUAACGACCACACAAACCUAACCAAUAGAUUAUCAAUAAAGAAAGUAAAUUAUUCCUCAACAGGCAUCUUGUUAACAUUGACCAAUGCUCAGUAUUUGGACCAAGGUUACUUUGUUGUGUGUAUUAUGACCUUAGGGAGGCUUCCCUGCGGAUCUUUUUAUCUUGAAGUAAUCUCACCUCCCACAUCCAACACAGAAUCACCACAUUUGACGCAGACUUUUGAAAGUUUAUCUAACAGAUGGGGAUCUUCUGAGGAUAAUGAUGCAUUCUCCACUAAUGCAUGGCUUGGCCUAGUUAAGAAGUUCACGCGUGAUGUAGGGUAUAAUGACUCUUGUUGUUUGUUCACUAUUUCCCCACUCUCAGAAGCAGGCUACCCCAGUAAAACCACACACAUUGAAUCUCACAGAAGUUGUCUGUGCUCUGACAGCACUCAAGGAUGUUAGAGAGGAGGGGGGUCAGUUCUAUUCAGCUUUUAUUCAACCUCCACCUUGUGGAGGUUUUGCGAAUCGCACUGUACGUGCUCCAAAUGGUACUGUCUUUAAAACUAAAAAUGGAAAAGCAUCUGAUAGUAUAGGACAGUUUCACCAUAGCCUUAUGAAGAAUUUGACGCAUGCCCUAUGCAUUGAACGACCUCGUCGCAUGGGUUCUCAGUAUUUGUGGGUAACCACGGGUUGUCAGCGGACUUUGAAUUGUACGUGCGCAACAGGGGAUUUAAAUAUUAGUGCAUGCUUACACUCCACACCGGGGUAUCUUAGUGCUUCAGUACUGAUACCAUCUUUGACUCACACCAUGCGUUGGCCUGAUGAUUCUGGCGCAGGGUUUCUAGUGGAUUAUGUUUGGCUCUGUGGAGACCAUUGGUAUCAGAUUUUGACUCCACAAUGGGCAGGAAGAUGUAGUAUGAUAUAUUUGACACCUUCCAUUACAGUUAUGACUUCCCUUGUGCAUACAACUCACCACUAUCCCAUGUACGUGCCCACAUCUGAUGUUUCUACUAGAGAAAAGCGAGAGGUUACCAGCCCAGGAACAAAAUUUGCAGCAGGCUUCUUUCCUUGGUAUGGAACAGUAAACAAUGCACAUAAUAUUGAUCGGGUUCAGGAAAGUCUUGAGAAUUUGACUGCUAUGAUGAUUUCAGGGUUUGGAGAAUUUCCUCCUGUUAUGCGAGCUAUGACAAACAUGCUAAUGCAACAUCAGAUGGGAUUGGACCUAUUGCUAGCAGCACAGGGGGGACUCUGUCACAUCAUAGGCACUCACUGCUGCACAUGUAUCCCAGACAUUUCAGGAAACAUCACUGACACCAUUCACCACUUGAACCUACUUUUGACUAAUCUCAAAGCACAGGACGUCCCAGAACACUAUGCAGGAUGGAACUGGUGGGCCUGGGUUUUUCAAGGGGGAUGGAAGGCUUGGUUAGCUAGAUUUGUUGCACCACUAAUAACUUUGAUGUUUGGUUUCCUGAUCUGUGUAUGCUGCAUAAUCCCACUAGUCAAGAAAAUGGUCUCCUCCAUCUUCAUGGUAAAUAUGAUACAGUAUCAGGAACUUCAGAAUACCGAGUCCUCUGACUUGUUUCGUCUGUCCAGGUAUGAUGAUGAGGUCCUGGACACCGUUUCUGAUACUGUCUGAGACUGAUUAAAAUUUUUGUUUUAUUAUUUUUACUUAGACGUGAACGCUUGCUAUUAUUAAAAAGUUUUUUUUUUUUUGUACCUCUUUCAAAAACAGCAUUU